AUGUCCUCUCUAGCUCUCUCCCAGCUGCUCCUGGCCAUGACUCUUCCCCUGCUGGAGUUGGAGCCAACAUUUGUCCCCACAGCCCAAUCAGAGCUCAGUCCAUCUGGAGGGAAAUCUGGGCAGCAACUGAACCAGUACAGUGGAGAAGGGGAAUCCGUGCUGGUCUCCAGCUAUGUGCAUCUGGAGUUUUCAAGCAGAGCCUGGCCUCAGGAGCUCUCUAAGAACUUUACUCUUCCUACUGCCCUGGCCUUCCUUCCCCCGAAAACGCUUACUGGCCUUGGCCUUACAACAGAGUGUCAUGCUAACCACAGCGGGGCCAGCCUCUGCACUUGCCACCCUGGCUACCAAUGGAACGCCACACUUUGCUCCCUUUACCCACACUGCUGGGGCCGCAGGUCAGAAAGAGAUUCCUGUAUGUGUCGCAGCUUCCGCGGUCCUGUUACUGGCUACUGCCAGUUGCUGCCACCUGUUCCUGCAAACCUGACACUGGACUCCCAGCUGCAAGUGCACGGGAACACCCUGAACCUCAUUCUCCUCACGAAAGAGGAAGCCACAAACCUGAGAUGGUUCUUGAGACACUCAAAGAACGACAGACCCAUCAUCCUACGGCCAGGGACCAAUGUGUUGCAGAUGUCCAGUGAGGGCCAGGCUGGCCUUCGUGUCGCCAGCAUGUCCCGUCACUGGGCAGGUGAGUACGAGAGCAUCUUCGAAGCCCAGGGAUUCAGGUGGAGGCUGCGGCAGGUGGUGAAGGUGCCCUUGCAGGAGGAAGAAGUCAUUCUACUCCCAGACGCCCUGUCCAUCUCCUGUGCUGCCUCCACUGGCUUCCAGCUGAGCUGCUGCAUCCCGCUUACAACGGACUACACUGCUACCUGGAGUCCUGGGGAGGACAGCCAAGCCUCCUUGCAAAAAAUGUCGGAUUCCCAAUGCUUUGUGCUAGCUGUUCAGCACUGCCCAGCAACCAAUACCACAUACACCUGUACCCUUCAGAGUCAGAACCUGCCUCCUCUCGUGGCUCCUGUCUCUAUCACGAUUAUCCAGGAUGGAGACACUACCUGCCCUGAGGACUUCUCAGUGGUUAGCUGGAAUGUCACCAAGGCUGGCUUCGUGGCACAGGCUCCAUGUCCUGUGAAUAAGAAAGGUGUGGUAAAGAGGCUCUGUGGGACUGAUGGCAUCUGGAGGCCAGUCCAGAACAGCUGCACAGAAGCAAAGAUCCUAACCUUGUGUCUUAAAGCCAAGCUGCUGCUGGAAGGCCAGGGAAAGCCCUACGAGGAAGUGCCAUGGAUCUUGAGUGAGCUGCAAGAGCAGGUGGGCGUGGCCAGCACCCCCUCUGACUUAUGGGAAAUGCUGCACACUGUGACCUUACUGGCCAAGGCGGUAGCAGAGACAAACACAGAGCUCACAGACAGUGCUCUGAAGGACCUCCUGACAACCACAGACAAGAUUCUAGACGCGAACAUCAGCUCUCUGUGGACUCUGGCCCAGGCCCAGGAGCCCUCCAUGGGCUCAGAUUUCCUGAAGGCUGUGGAGACCCUGGUCCACAGCUUAAGCCCACAAGAGCAUCCUUUUUCCUUCAGCUCAGCUAAUGUGUUACUGCAGAGCCAGCUCCUCAGACACUCAUCAUCUCCUGGCUACCAAACGUCCUUCUCCACCUGGCCCCUGCUGCAGGCACGGAUUCCAUGGCAUUCACUGGCCCCACUGGUCCAUGGUGGAACUAACGUCAGUAUUACUAGCCUAGUACUGCAAAAGCUGGACUACCGGCUGCCCUCAAACUACACACAAGGGCUGUGGAACACCCCAUAUGCCACCCCUGGGCUGAUCCUUGUGGUCUCCAUAACAGCAGACGGCCAGGCCUUCACGCAGGCAGAGGUUAUCAUGGACUAUGAAGACAUGAAUGGAACCCUUCACUGUGUGUUCUGGGACCACAGUGGCUUCCAGGGUCAGGGAGGUUGGUCAGAUGAAGGGUGUGAGGUACAUGCAGCCAAUGCCAGCAUCACUCAGUGCGUUUGCCAGCAUCUCACAGCCUUUUCCAUCCUCAUGUCCCAACACACUGUCCCAGAAAAUCCCACCCUGGGCCUGCUGAGCCAGGUGGGUAUGGGGGCUUCGGUCCUGGCUUUGCUCGUCUGCCUGGUUAUUUACGGGCUGGUGUGGAGGGUGGUGGUGCGGAACAAAGUCGCCUUCUUCCGCCAUACCACCCUGUUUAACAUGGUGAUCUGCUUGCUAGUCGCAGACACAUGCUUCUUGGGAAACCCAUUCCUUCCUUCAGGGCACCACAGCCUGAUCUGCCUAGUCGCUGCUUUCCUGUGUCACUUUUUCUACCUGGCCACCUUUUUCUGGAUGCUGGCACAGGCCCUGGUGCUGGCCCACCAGCUGCUUUUUGUCUUCCACCAGCUGUCCAAGCACAUAGUCCUCUCACUGAUGGUGAUGCUGGGCUACCUGUGCCCACUGGGGUUUGCGGGUGUCACCCUGGGCCUCUACUUGCCUCAAAGGAAAUACCUGUGGGAGGGGAAAUGCUUGCUGAACGGAGGUGGCGUCAUGCUGUACAGCUUCAGCGAGCCAGUGCUGGCCAUCGUCGGUGUCAACGGGCUGGUCCUUGUCAUCGCUGUGCUGAAGCUGCUGCGACCUUCACUGUCAGAGGGGCCCACGGUGGAGAAGCGCCAAGCUCUUGUGGGGGUGCUUAAAGCCCUGCUUAUUCUCACACCCAUCUUUGGCCUCACUUGGGGACUGGGCGUGGCCACUCUGUUUGAUGGCUCCAUAGUCUCUCACUACGCCUUUUCCAUUCUCAACAGCCUCCAGGGUGUCUUCAUAUUAGUGUUUGGCUGCCUCACAGACAAGAAGGUACUAGAGGCCUUGCGCAAACGAUUGCGAGGCAGCGGGUCCUCUAACUCUGCCAUCUCCAUGGUCACAAAUGAAACCUAUACCUCAGAACACAGCAAAGAAAGAAGUGAGCCUGCCAGUUAUGAAGAAAGGAUGACUGAUUGACAGGAGCCUGUGAUCUUCCAAUGAAGAUGAAGGGAAAAUCCUG